GUAAGCUUUCACCCCCUUUCUCCAUCCUUCUCCACAUUUCCGCGCCAAUCCAUGGCUCAGCUGAGCUCCAUCUCGCUCUCUCCAGCUUGUAUCUCUUCUCCCGCGUCCACCUCCGCCGCUCCGUUUCUCCUCCUCCCCGUCUCUCGUCGAUUCGACUCCUCGCUGCGCCGCCGCGGGUUCCCUGCCCUAGCUACCCUCUCCAUGACUUCCGAACUCUCCCGCGCCGCUUCCUUCGCCGUCGGCGAAAGCUUCCCCGACGCUUACGGCGACUGGCUUCCCAAGCGUGAUCCGGGGUCUCGCAGGAGAGCUGGCGUCUUGCUCCAUCCUACUUCCUUGAGAGGGCCUCACGGCAUUGGGGAUCUCGGCCAGGAGGCGUUCCGGUUCGUCGAUUGGCUGAGCGACGCUGGUUGCUCCGUUUGGCAGGUUCUCCCGCUAGUUCCACCUGAUGAUGAAGGAUCACCGUACUCGGGCAAGGAUGCUAAUUGUGGUAAUACCCUCUUGAUUUCUCUCGAAGAACUUGUAAAGGAUGGUUUGUUGUCAGCAGACGAGCUUCCGGAACCUAUAGAUGCCGAACGUGUAAAUUUCUCUGCUGCUUCUGAAUUGAAGGAUCCUCUGAUCACCAAGGUAAAUUAUCAAGACCUGAACAAUUGCUGUUGAGUUCUUGUUGUUCUAUGGCAUGUAACUCUGGUAGAAGCGGUCUUCAGGUUAAUUGAAGAAAAAGGGCCGCAUUGCUAAGUUCUGCAUAUUUUAAGUUAGACUCAACUAGAUUUACUCGAAUUUUUAUUAAACCUUUUGAGUUGAUCUAAACAUGUGAAUAGCAAUUAUUUCAUUGCAUGCCUAUUCUUAAUUCAACAGCUUACUUACAGUGGACCUUUCAUAGGCUGCAGAGAGAUUGGUUAAGAGUGACUCUAACCUUAAAAGACAGCUUGAUGAUUUUCGUAAAGACCCCAGCAUAGCAAGCUGGCUUCUAGAUGCAGCUUACUUUGCUGCAAUUGACAAUUCGACGAAUGCACUGGACUGGUACCAAUGGCCCGAACCUUUGAAAAAUCGCCACCUUGCAGCUCUGGAAGACAUUUAUGAACGUGAAAAGGAUUUUAUAGAUAUAUUCAUUGCACGGCAGUUCUUAUUCCAGAGGCAGUGGCGGAAACUUCGUGCCUAUGCACAGAAGAAUGGAGUCAGUAUAAUGGGAGACAUGCCCAUCUAUGUCGGCUAUCACAGUGCUGAUGUUUGGGCCAAUAAGAAACACUUUUUACUGAACAAGAGCGGCUUUCCUCUUCUGGUUAGUGGUGUUCCUCCUGACGCCUUCAGUGAAACUGGUCAAUUGUGGGGCAGCCCUUUAUAUCAUUGGAACUCCAUGGAGAAAGAUGGCUUUUCAUGGUGGGUAAAACGCAUAAGACGGGCUCAAGAUCUAUAUGAUGAAUUCAGGAUAGACCAUUUUAGAGGGUUUGCUGGUUACUGGGCUGUGUCUUCUGAGGCAAAGAUAGCAAUGAUUGGAAACUGGAAGGCAGGACCUGGAAAGUCCUUGUUUGAUGCUAUCUCUAGAGCUGUUGGUGAUAUAAAGAUAAUAGCUGAAGAUUUGGGAGUAAUCACUGAGGAUGUAGUUGAGCUCAGGAAAUCCAUUGGUGCACCCGGAAUGGCCGUGCUCCAAUUCGCUUUUGGAAGUGAUGCAGAAAACCCGCAUCUGCCUCAUAAUCACGAGGCCAAUCAAGUUGUGUACACCGGAACUCAUGAUAAUGAUACGAUUCAAGGCUGGUGGGAUGUUCUGCAGCAAGAAGAGAAGAUGAACGUGUUGAGGUAUACUUCAAUCGCUGAAGAAGAUGACAUCCCAUGGGCAUUGAUCCGAACUGCACUCUCGUCAGUUGCCCGGACAACAAUCAUACCGAUGCAAGAUAUUCUUGGUCUGGGGAACUCCGCAAGGAUGAACAUUCCAGCUACCCAGACUGGGAACUGGAGUUGGAGGAUGCCGAGUUCCACGAGUUUUGACCAGCUAGGAAAAGAAUCCAAGAGGCUGCACGAGUUGCUUUCAUUGUACGGACGCCUGUAAGUGAGGUGACUAUAAUCAUAGACCAUGAAAGCCGUAUCACUGGCCAAUUGUUCGAGGCACCUUAACUUUGCCACAUGGGGGAGAGAAGGUUCUGAAAGUGGCCUUCUUUGCUGAAGGGGCAGAAGCAGAAGAAGCAAGAGCUGCAGGUGCCGACAUUGUUGGAGGAGUCGAGCUCAUUGAAGAAAUUUUGAGUGCUGGCAAGGUUGACUUCGACAAAUGCUAUGCAACUCGUCAGUUGUAUCCACGGGUUGCCAAGAUAGCGAGGAUCCUCAACCGUCAUGGUUUGAUGCCUGAUGCAAAGCAAGGAACUGUUGUCAGUGAUGUUACUAGAGCAGUUAAAGCAGCAAAACAGAAUCAGAUAAAGUUUAGAAUGGACAAGUCAUCCAUUGUUCAUGUAGGACUUGGAAAGGCGAGUUUCAGUGAAGAGUCUUUACGUGAGAAUAUUGGAGCUUUUAUGAAUGCCCUUCUACAAUCAAAACCUGCUGGCUUGAAGAAAACUUCUAAAUAUGCUGGAUAUGUGAACUCCUUCCAUAUAUGUAGCACGAUGGGGGAAGGAUUUCCCAUUUCAAUACAGUCUUUGUCCAAAGCUGUAGACCAUUACAACAAAGCUCAUCCCAAGUCAUGAUGGUAUACAAAUUCGGACGGAAAAUGAUUACACCACUUGCUCAAACAAGCUACCCCUUCACUUCUAGCAUGGGAAACUCCUUGCAUUAUUUUUGCUUCUCUCCCACCUGGGAAUGUUCAACAUCUCCGCUGCAAAAAAAAUGUAGUUAUCCACCUGGAGAAACUGUCUUCCCCAGUUGGAAACUAGGAGAUCGAUGUGGUACUGGAGAUGCUGCUAUUUGCGGAUUAUCUAUUGUGAUACGAAGCGGUUUUAGCAUGAAGUAGAGAUUCGUUUGUUUCAAGUGUAUUUAGGAAUUUAGGUUUUUUGAUAACAUGGAAGAGUCAGCAAUGUAGUCGUCGGCUGGUGUAGUUCGAGUUGAGUAAUGAAGGUGUGAAGCAAUAAGAAAUAAGACUCUUCAAAUGACAUUUUCUCAAUGCAUCCUUCUGUGCGCUUCAGUAGCAAAAUUAAAAAUGGAGUUGUACUCUGUCUCGGU